GUUCCGUCCAAUCCAAGCGGAGGCGCCAGACUGAGAGGAAAUGGCGGGGCGCUCGGAGCUUUCGAGCGCGAAGCAGGCGGGAGCCGUGGGUCGGGCUGACGAGGCCGGAGGGCAGGCCAAGUCCUCACAGAAAAUUGAAGACUUGAUGGAAAUGGUGAAGCAGUUACAGAAAGCCGGAAGCCUAGAGCCCAGGAUUGAGGUCCUGAUUAACCGGAUUAAUGAGGUCCAGCAAGCAAAAAAGAAAGCCAGUGAGGAGCUAGGAGAGGCCCGGACUGUCUGGGAGACCCUGCAGAAGGAACUGGACUCAUUGAGUGGAGAGAAAGUACGCCUGAAAGAGAUCUUGAGCAAAAAGCAAGAGACCCUGAGGAUCCUCCGGCUCCACUGCCAGGAGAAGGAAAGUGAGGCACAGAGGAAGCAUACCAUGCUGCAGGAGUGCAAGGAGCGAAUUUCUGCCCUGAACUCCCAGAUGGGGCAGGAGAAGAACAAGCAGAGGCAGUUGAGGUUGGAUUUUGAGGAGCAACUGGAGGAUCUGAUGGGCCAGCAUAAGGGCCUCUGGGAAUUCCACAAGCCAGAGCAGCUGGCCCUGGAGAUCGCCGCCCUGGACAGCAGCAAGGAGAAGCUGCUCAAGGAAGGUGAGGCCUGGAGAAUGGGGAUGCCCUGCCCUGCCCUGCCCUGCCCUGCCCUGCCACUGUCCCUUCCUGCUGCAGAAAAGCUGGUGGAGGCAAAGCUGGAGGAUGUGAAGCAUCGUCUGUGCUCCCAGUUCGGAGCCAAGGGCUGCUCGGCAAUCACUGAGGGGCUCUUCCUGCGCAGCCAGGAAGCAGCAGCUAUGGUGCAUCUGUUUGAGGAGGAGAACAAGAAGGCCGGGGAGUUCCUGGAGGCUGCUGCCCAGCGCCAGGAGCAGCUGCAGCAGAAGUGCCGGCAGCUGCAGCAGCAGAGGCAGAGGCUGAAGGAGGAGCUGGAAAAGCUUGGAGUGCAGGUCCCUGCUCAAGGCCAGAGCAAUCAAGAGGAAGGGGCUGGCCCAGGAGAAGCUGCCAAUCCCAAGCCCCUUGGAGUCAGUGAGGAGAAAGACCCAGAGCCGCCCACUAAGCAGAGCCUGAUGCCCUCCUAGGCAAGGAGGAGCCACCCUGCACUAGAGCU